AUGGAUGUGCAUAACGCAUUUUUACAUGGUGAUCUUGAAGAAGAGGUGAACAUGAAAUUGCCCCCAGGGUUCGAGAGCUCUAAGACGAAAUUGGGGCAUGUUCAGAUUAAUGUGUUAGUCUAUGUUGAUGAUUUGAUUAUUUCUGGCAAUGAUUCCGCUGCGUUAUUGGCUUUUGGAGCUUAUUUGGGUGAUUGUUUUAAAAUGAAAGAUCUAGGUCCCUUGAAAUAUUUUCUUGGCAUUGAGGUGGCACGAAGUGCGACAAGUUUAUUUUUGUGUCAGCGUAAACAUACACUAGACAUUAUUUCUGAAGUAGGCUUGACAGGUGCAAAGCCUAAUGACUUUCCGAUAGAACAAAAUCAUAGAUUGGGACAUGUGAAUGGUGAGUUACUUGUGGAUUCAAUUCGAAGGCAUAUCGUCGACUUAAUUAUCCAACGAUUGGUUUAUCUUGCGAUGACACGACCGGAUCUAGCCUAUUCCGUGCACAUUCUAUCUCAGUUUAUGCAGAUUCCACGAACAGAGCAUUGGGACGCUGCCUUACGUGUGGUUCGAUACUUGAAGGGUACACCAGGGCAAGGGAUUUUGCUUCGGGCUGAGAGUGAAUUGACACUACAGGGGUGGUGUGACUCAGAUUAG